GAGUAAGACACUCUCGACGUCACUCCACUGUCCCUUGGAAUUGAGACCGCUGGUGGUGUCAUGACCGUACUCAUCAAGCGUAACACCACUAUCCCAACCAAACAGACUCAGACUUUCACCACAUAUUCUGACAACCAGCCUGGUGUGCUGAUUCAGGUCUAUGAGGGUGAGCGUGCAAUGACCAAGGAUAACAACUUACUGGGCAAGUUUGAGCUCACUGGAAUCCCACCCGCACCCCGUGGUGUUCCUCAGAUUGAGGUCACUUUUGACAUUGAUGCCAAUGGCAUCAUGAAUGUGUCUGCUGUCGAUAAGAGCACUGGCAAGGAGAACAAGAUCACCAUCACCAAUGACAAGGGUCGUCUCAGCAAGGAGGACAUUGAGCGCAUGGUGCAGGAGGCGGAGAAGUACAAGGCUGAAGAUGAUGUGCAGCGUGACAAGGUGUCUUCAAAGAAUGGUCUGGAGUCCUACGCCUUCAACACGAAGUCCACCGUUGAGGAUGAGAAACUAAAGGGCAAGAUCAGUGACGAGGACAAACAGAAGAUCCUUGACAAGUGCAAUGAAGUCAUCAGCUGGCUUGACAAGAACCAGACUGCUGAGAAGGAAGAAUUUGAGCACCAGCAGAAAGAGCUGGAGAAGGCGUGCAACCCCAUCAUCACCAAGCUGUAUCAGAGCGCUGGAGGCAUGCCAGGUGGAAUGCCUGAUGGUAUGCCUGGUGGCUUCCCAGGAGCUGGUGCUGCUCCCGGAGGUGGAUCCUCUGGCCCAACCAUCGAGGAGGUUGACUAAGCCAUUCCAAAGCCACUAUGCUACCUCCAUAGUAAUGUGUACUGUUGCCCUCUGUAGUUGGACUCUAAAAUUUGUUACAGUUCUGUGAAGGUUUAGAUGACUUCAACUUACAGAGAGACUGUUGCAAUUAAUAAAAGGGGGGGGAUAAGGGAUCACUUAUUUCAGAUCACAGGGAAGAGACUUUCUAUGUUGUACAACCUAUUUAUGGGCUUGUGAAAUAUGUAUUUCAUAAGCCUUUUCCAACUGUCUCUAUGCUUUGAAAUAAAUGCAUAAAGUUGA